AGAACGCCAUGAGGGCCACCAUGGAGUCGCACCUGGACACCCCGUACAAUGUCCCCGACAUCGUGGUGACCAUCGCCAACAACGACAUCGACCUCGUCAUACGGAUCUCGGACCGGGGUGGUGGCAUUCCCCACGAUCUCCUGGACAAGGUCACCGAGUACCACUGCACACACCCAGUGUCCCCAAUGGCCCCAAUGUCCCCAAUGUCCCCAAUGUCCCCAAUGUCCCCAAUCCCCUGGAUGUCCCCAAUGUCCCCAAUCUCUCAGAUGUCCCCUCUGUCCCCAGGAUCUCGGACCGUGGCGGUGGCAUUCCCCACGAUCUCCUGGACAAG